AUGUUAAACCAGGCUAUUGCACUCUCCUUAAUGAAAAGUAGUGAACAUAGUGAUAUUGAAGACAGUCCACAUCAGUCCCAAUCCAUUCCGACUCAAGCACUUACGCUUUUCGUGAGAAAAAACGACAACAAUACAAAUAACGCCGAAGAUCUGUAUGGAAACUUCGAAUCUAUUCCACGUUCAACGUCAUUUGCAACGACAUUGACUCAAGAGUCAACCUUAUCUGGCCCAGAUCUUUAUGCUGAUAUAGAAAACGAGAGAACGAAGCCACGAAUAUAUACUCAUCGAAGAUAUCCGUAUUCGUUUAAUGAUCUUCUGGAAGAUAUAUGCAGGUAG